CCAGUCAUGGAUCACAAUAUCUCAUGGAAAAAUUGCUGUGGUUCGGUUCCUAUCCCGCAGAGGAAGUUUUCAUCUGCAAGAUCGGGGAAGAACAAACCAAAACAUUUUACUGAUUUAAUCAGGUACUUCUACCUUGGUAAGGGUAUGACUCAAUGUAAAAAAGGGUCAUCCUUACAGACUGCAACGAAGUUGCAGCAAGCAGGAGUGAGCUUUGAGAAAGUCAUGAAUAAACCCUUACUUGACAUAAAGUUCCGGAAAUUUCCAAUCCUGACAUGGUUUCUCUGCUUGGGUUGCAUACCAACAUUCACAUGCUUCAAACCUCGUUUACAAAUCCCUCAAUUCAAAAUGAACUGCACAACAGAAUGUGUUUUGAGGAACCUCAUUGCCUUCGAACAGUGUCACUAUGCAAAUGAACCUUAUGUCUGCAACUAUGUCUCUCUCAUUGACUCUCUCAUACACACAAAAGAGGACGUUGAAUUGCUGGUUGAGAAAGAAGUUAUAGUCCAUGAACUUGGAUCUGAUAAAGAAGUAGCUACCAUUGUGAAUGGUCUCUGCAAAAAUGUUGCGACCGACAAUACGUGUUAUGGAGAGAUUAUAGACAAACUCGACAAACAUUAUGAGAGCAUGUGGAAUCAUACUAUGGCUGCAUUGAGGUUGGUUUACUUCAAAAAUACUUGGAGAACAAGUUCAACUGUGGUCGGAAUUGCCGUUCUCAUAUAUACAAUGCUCAACUUUUAUCGACUUCUUCGUGACCAUUACUUUUUUUAGAUAAAUGCCAAAGAUCGCAUCUUAAAUGAUAAUGUUGUUUUAGUUUCGUAUGUUUUCAUUUAAGUGUUUUAUAGUCGGGAAGUUGUAAGUUUGGGCUUGUGAAGGUUUCGUUAUAUGAUGUGACGUACAUCUUUUUUUAUUUGUUAUUUUACUUUCAAUACAACA